AUGGCAACAAAACCAACUUGUGCUGCUAUCGAAUGUUCAAACGAAGCACGCUUGCAGUGUCCUACUUGCAUCAAGUUGGGCAAAGACGAAGGUUCUUUCUUUUGUUCACAAGACUGCUUUAAAAAGAGUUGGGGUACUCACAAAGCUAUUCACGGAAACACAAAAUCCCCUUAUGAUCCUUUCAAAACUUUCAAGUAUUCUGGCCCUCUUCGCGCUGUCUACCCACUUUCUUCUCGAAGAAUUGUACCUGAACAUAUUCCUCGACCUGAUUAUGCCGAAACAGGUCUUUCCAAGUCAGAAUACAUGGCUAGAAGCUCUGAUAUUAAGGUUUUAACUCCUGAAGAAAUUGAAGGCGUCAAGAAAGCAUGUGCUAUUACAAAAGAAGUGCUUGAAAUUACAGCUAAAGCAAUUCGUGUUGGUAUAACUACAGAUGAACUUGACCGUAUUGCUCAUGAGGCUACCAUUGAGCGUAACGCUUAUCCCUCUCCCUUAAACUACAAUUACUUCCCCAAGUCUUGUUGCACAUCAUUGAAUGAAGUCAUUUGUCACGGUAUUCCUGAUCAAAGAGCUUUGAUUGAUGGUGAUAUUAUCAACAUUGAUAUCAGUUGUUACUACAAUGGUUUCCAUGGUGACACUAAUGCCACUUAUCUUGUCGGUAAUGUGGACGAGACUGGUCAAAAGCUAGUCAAUGUUACUAGAGAAUGUUUGGAAAAAUCCAUUGCUGCUGUUAAACCCGGUAUGAGAUACCGUGAUUUCGGUAAAAUCAUUGAGGACCAUGCAACCAAGAAUGGCUUUUCCGUUGUUCGUGCAUUUGUUGGACAUGGUAUCAAUCAACUAUUCCACUGUGCUCCAAACGUUCCCCACUAUGCCAAUAAUAAGGCUAUUGGUGUUUGUAAGCCUGGACACGUCUUUACUAUCGAGCCUAUGAUUUGUGAAGGUGUUCACCAAGAGCUUUUAUGGCCUGAUGGCUGGACUGCUACCACUAAGGAUGGCAAACGAUCUGCUCAAUUUGAACACACACUUCUUGUCACAGAAACUGGUGUUGAAAUCUUGACCUAG